GUCCGAACCACAGAGUAUCUUAAAUAUCCUUUUCUUUUUAAGAAUAAAAUCGUAAAACCGAAAAAAUAAAAAAGAAAAAAAGGCCGGAGAAUUAUGAUCGGCAGGAGGAUUUUACAAAAGGGAGCAUGGAACGCCGGUCGGCGGUGGAAUUGUCCUUACAUGUCUUCGGCUCCAUGUCCGAUUCCGGCGGCGGCACCGACGGAGGAGUGUAGACGUCACUUCUCCAGCUACGCUAAGGCGCCGUUUUCAUUAACCAAUAACCUGGUCAAUUUCUAUAUCCCAUAUGUCGUUCAAAGAUGUCUGUUUUCGAGUAAUGCUGUGGCUGAUCUUCCUAUGGAGGGAACGGUCGACGUGCCAUUGGCGCAAACUGGUGAGGGUAUAGCUGAGUGCGAACUUCUUAAGUGGUUUGUUCAAGAGGGGGAUGAAGUUGAAGAGUUUCAACCACUUUGUGAAGUUCAAAGUGACAAAGCAACUAUAGAAAUUACAAGUCGUUACAAAGGGAGAGUUUGUCACAUUCUUCAUGUUCCUGGUAGCAUUGUGAAGGUUGGAGAAACUCUUCUUAAGGUGGUUGUUGAGGAAACUCAGGUUCCUCCAGUAAUCCCUGAUAAUUUAGAAAAUGAAAAACCAGUUGAUGCUAAACUGAACAAAUAUAGUACUGGUGGAGUCCUAUCAACACCUGCUGUUCGAAGCCUUGCAAAAGAACAUGGUAUAGACAUAAAUGAUGUCCAAGGAAGUGGAAAAGAUGGCAGGGUACUAAAAGAAGAUGUGCUUAAAUGUGCUAUGCAGAAAGGUGUCAUCAAAGACCCAUCAGUUACCGUUACUGCUACUGCUACUGUUGGAGAGCUGUUACAUGGAGAAAAGAGUUGUUCAUAUGUGUCAGCUGAAGUUGCAGGGCUGUAUGAAGAUACAAUAGUUCCCCUAAGGGGAUUCCAGCGAACAAUGGUUAAAACAAUGUCCAUGGCUGCUAAAGUUCCACAUUUUCAUUAUGUAGAAGAGAUUAAUUGUGAUGCAGUUGCGGAGCUUAAAGCAUCUUUUCAAACUAACAAUACUGAACCUGGUAUAAAGUUCACAUUCCUUCCAAUAUUGAUAAAGUCACUUUCAAUGGCCUUGAGCAAAUAUCCCAUGAUGAAUAGUUGCUUCAACGAAGAGUCACUUGAAGUAAUCCUUAGAGGUUCCCAUAACAUUGGAAUUGCCAUGGCUACUCCAUAUGGCUUAGUGGUGCCAAAUAUUAAGAAUGUUCAGUCUCUUUCUAUCUGGGAGAUAACCAAGGAACUCUCACGGUUACAACAAUUGGCACUGGAUAACAAGCUCAGUCCAGCUGAUAUAUCCGGUGGAACAAUAACACUAAGCAACAUUGGAGCCAUUGGUGGAAAGUUUGGUGCUCCCAUUCUUAACUUGCCUGAAGUAGCCAUCAUCGCAAUUGGUAGAAUACAGAAACUUCCACAAUUUGCAGAUGACGGAAAUGUUUAUCCUGUCUCAAUCAUGACUGCUAACAUAGGUGCAGAUCACAGAGUUUUGGACGGAGCAACUGUCGCGAGAUUUUGCAACGAGUGGAAACAGUUCAUCGAAAAGCCAGAGCUCCUCAUGCUGCACAUGAAAUGACUAGGCUUUGACAAUUUAUCAGCUUCCUCUCUUCUUAACCGUUUCUUCAAAGGGUAAAUGCCCUUGUGAUAGUAGCAGUUAGCAAGAACCUCAAUUCAUAGCCAAUAAAAAUUGUUUCAGAAUAAAGAUUGAAAAUAACUAAUAAUUUUCUUUAAUUCUUUGCAAAAUAGUUCAUUUUCAUAA